UAUCAGAUUUAAAUGAAAGUAUAAAAAACAUCCAACUGACCUUUUCUGGAGGUCAAACUGAGCAAUAAGUCCGCUGCGGUAGAGUUAUUAUAGAUUUGUUCAUACAUAUCUAUCUAUGGUUAUUAUAACGUUCAGGUUUUACCAUUAAAACCAGGGCGGACCUUUUCUCAUUUCCGACUUGCUCAUUAGCUGUUUGGGGUCAGAGAAACUAUUCUCGGUUUCUGAUUGGCUGAUUGUACCAGCUUUGGGCGGGGCUUAUUUUGAACCGCCGUCCCGCCGCCCACUGAAGUUUCAGAUUUCAUUUAAACCGCUUUUGCUGUGGGCCUGAACGGCUAUCAGCGUUUGUUUUGUUUUUCGUUGCGGAGGAAAAGCCUUAUAUUUUGUCUUCUCAUUAUUGCGGGUGUCAUGGCUGACAGAGCGGACUUCGGAUCGCUCAUCGCUGCCAGGAGGAGGCAGCCGGCCGGGAGGAAGAGCCGCCAGAGCGGGCAGAGAAGCUCCAGCAGCCGGGUGAGCCUGGAGAAGGUUCUUGGUAUCAGUACGGUCAGCAGCAGCAGCUUGACCUCUGACCCCAACUCUGGACUCAUUGCCUAUCCUGCGGGGUGCGUCCUUGUGUUGCUUCACCCGGAGAACAACGAACAGAGUCACAUCAUCAACACGUCCAGUAAGCCUUUCACUGCCCUGGCCUUUUCUCACGAUGGGAAGCACCUGGUCUCUGGAGAGAGCGGUCACAUGCCCUGUGUGCGGGUUUGGGAGGUGGGUGGAGGUCAGGUGGCUGAGGUCCAGUCUCAUAAGUAUGGCGUUUCCUGCGUGGCGUUCUCUUCCAACAGCUGCUAUGUCGUUUCUGUGGGAUUCCAACACGAUAUGAUCGUCAGCGUGUGGGACUGGAGGAAAGGCUCCAUCGUCGCCUCCAACAAGGUCUCCAGCAGGGUGAUGUCCGUCUCCUUCUCUCAGGACGACAGCUACUUUGUCACCGCGGGAAACAGACACGUGAAAUUUUGGUACCUGGAUGCCUCCAGAGAGCGGCGGGUGAACAGCACAGUUCCUCUGAUUGGCAGGUCAGGGUUGCUAGAUGACCAUAAGGACAACAUCUUCUGUGGAGUGGCGUGUGGGCGGGGCCUAAUGGCGAACAACACCUACUGCAUCACCAGCUCCGGACUGCUGUGUCUCUUUAACAGCAGUCGACACCUGGGGGCCUGGGUCAACCUUAAGACGUCGACGGCGAGCAGCUUGGAAGUCGACGAGGAUCGGAUUUUUUGCGGUUGUGCCGACGGCCUGGUCCGAGUCUUCCGACCGUCUGACCUCGAGUACAUCACCACUCUGCAGCGGCCGCACUGCCUCGGGGUGGACGUCACUCAGAACCCCCCACACAGCAGCCACCUGCCUGCCAGCUCAGAACCUCGACACCCAGACACUCUGGCACUGACCUUUGACCCCCGAGGCCAGCGCCUGACCUGCGUGUACGGCGACCACAGUGUGUACGUGUGGGACGUUAAAGACAUGGGGAGCGUGAGGAAGCUGUACUCGGCUCUGUACCACAGUGGCUGCGUGUGGAGCGUGGAGGUGUACCCUGAACUGCCCCAACCGUCUUCAGCCUGCCUGCCCCCGACUUCUUUUCUCACCUGUUCAUCCGAUAACACCAUCAGACUGUGGCAGGCCGACCCCCCCGCCCUGCGCCAGAACCUCUAUAGCCAGGACCUGCUGAGGAUCCUGUAUGUGGGGGAGAGGAGUGAAGCAGCCGGGGCUGAUGGGAAGGCGGGGAUCAGGGUGUUGGCCAUCAGUCCAGAUGGACAGCACCUGGCAGCUGGAGAUCGCUGUGGAAACCUGCGGAUCUUUGGUCUGCAGUUCCUGGACGAGUUGGUGAAUAUCGAAGCUCACGACUCGGACGUGCUGUGUCUGGAGUUCUCUCCUCCCUCCACAGGUGUGAAGCUGUUGGCUUCAGCCAGCAGAGACCGACUGAUCCACAUCUUCAGCCUGGAGAAGAACUACAGCCUGGAGCAGACGCUUAACGACCAUUCAGCCUCCAUCACAGCUGUCAAGUUCACGGGUGAGGGUCCAGAGGUGCGACUGGUGAGCUGCGGAGCCGACAAAAGCAUCUACUUCCGGAGUGCUGAGCAGGUGGAGGAUGGCCUGAUGUUCUCCAGGCGUCACCACCUGGUGGAGAAGACUGCUCUGUAUGACAUGGACCUGGACUCUUCCAGAACUCACGUGGCCAUCGCGUGUCAGGACCGGAACAUCAGGGUCUACGACGUGGAGACCGGGAAGCUGACGAAGACUCUGAAGGGUUCGUCCAGCGACGAAGGAGCCCUGCUGAAGGUCCAGAUGGAUCCAUCCGGGUCGUUCUUUGCCACCAGCUGCUCCGAUAAAACCAUCACCAUCUUCGACUACGAGUCUGGCGAGUGUGUCGCCACCUUGUCGGGUCACUCAGAGAUCGUCACCUGCAUGCGCUUCAGCCCGGACUGCAGACACUUCAUCUCCGUGUCAGGAGACAGCUGUGUGUUCGUGUGGCGGCUGGAUUCUCACAUGAUCACCACCAUGAGGAGGAGGCGCGGCCUCCGAGUUCCUCAGGCGCCUCAGACCCAGAAGCAGCCGAACAUCAGGAGGGAGACCUUCAUCAUGUUGCCUCAGACGGAGGAGGAGGAGGAGCAGGAAACGGCUGAGCCCAGGACUCCAGGAGGACAGGACCCCACUCCUGUGACUCCUCUGCUCCAGACUAACGGGAAGAUGCCCAUGUGGUUCAGGAAGCUGAACCAGAGCAAAGCCUCAACAUUCGUCCAAUCAGAAGCUGGAACCUGCCAGGUACGGAGCCGGUGGGCGGAGCAGCAGGACACUCUCACAAUCUGCUCAAGCUUCACCCCAAGUCCCAUCAGGAGUCCAGAGGAGGAGGAGGAGGAGGAAUACGACAUCUUCCAGCCUCAGAGUAUGGAGAGCCUGAUGGAAGACGAGGAGGAGGAGGAGCAGCAGGAAGUGCCGCUGAUGACGGAUGAAGACUGCAGCACCUUCAUCCUCCCCAUGGACUCGAGCUCUGCCUCCUCAGACAGAGACUUUAGAGUGGAGGGAAUCACCAAACGCCACACCCAGCUGGAGAGCAGUGGCCAGGAGGCGGGGCUUAUGUGGAAAACCCAUCUGAGUCCGGACUCGGCGUGGUCUGAGGGUUCAACAGGAAGUGCGGAGCAGCAGCAGCACGAUGCGGCUGAUGCCGUCUCAGACUCUGACUCUCUGAGCCAGGACAGCUCUGUGGACAGUCUGGGUCCAGAAGAAGACGAAGACAAAAACUCUGUGAAGAACCACUUUGAGACUCUGGCCCGUCUGAGCGAAGAGCGGUUUGAUUUGGACCUCACCACGCUGCAGCCUCAGGAGACGCACUUCCUGAACCCCCGACUCAGCAUCUCUGCACGCUUCCUGUCCCGCUUUCAGGACAGAGUCAGGGCGUGGCCUGUCCGAGCUCCGCCUCCUGCCUCCAUCUCUGAGGAUUCUGUCCAGAAAGGAACCAACAGGAAUUCAGACGUCUCCUCCAGAACCCGGUCAGCCAGCUCAGGAACCUGGGUCCUGCAGGAGACAUCUCCGCAUCUGGAAACCUCCAUCAGUUCCUCUCUGGAGAAGAACCAGGAGGACAUCCCGUCCUCUUCUGACCCUCUUCUGUCUGCUGGUCCAGAUGUCCACGCUGAAGACCCCCAGACCGCGACCAGCAAUCCUCAGCUGUUUGCCACGCCCACUCAGGUGACAUCACAGAAUGUCUCCAGCCAUUGGAGCAGCAGCGCCGACGACACGCCAACAAAUCAGAACCAAACACUGACCCUGAGCCCCCCCCCUUUAGUCCUGCCUACCACCUGUCCUGUUGUGGAGGGGGUGGGGGCACGUGUGGAGCAGCCCCAAGUCCAGAUGGGUCCAGCUGCUGCUUUGUCUCUUUCUGCUUCACCCACUUCCUGUUUUACCCGUGUGUCAGAGAGACCCCGCCCCCCUCAGACAGACACCCACACCUAUCAGACAGGUGCAGGUGAGUCGGUGAGCGUGCAGACGUGUCGGCAGGUGGCCAACGACCUUCUCCAGGCAGCGAGGCGGGCCGUCUCACUUUACCAGCAGCUCUGCGGGUCAGAACUUGGUCCCCAGAACUCGUCCAUCCUGCAGGAGGCGUUUGCCGUCGUCGACGCCGAGCUGCAGGACGUGAUGCGGUUGGGCGGCGGGAGGAGCAGCGCCCCCUCUGGUCAGCUGCAGGACGACAGGAUGGCGUCUCUGCUGGAGAAAUACUCGGACCUGCUGGUCCAGAUGACGCAGAACAAACUGAACCGGGCCUGAACCUCGGCCAGCCACACAGACUUCAGUAUUACACUAAAUGCACUUUAAGGGUUUACCUGCAGCACGUCACUGUUUAUUGUACAGAAACUUGUUUGUUUUUUCAUUAAAGGGUUGGGAUUUGUUGCAA